AUGUUGUUUAUUAUUAUUUUUGUUCAAAUAGUCACGUGCGUGGCUGGACUUGACAUUUACAGAGAUACUGUUGCUAGAGGUGCUUACAACUUUGAGGCUGGAAAAAUUACCAUUCAUUCUGGUGCUACUUGGUCCAUUGUUAACAAUGCCAACUCUGCCUUCAUUUCCAGUUUACAUGUCGAGCCCAUGGCUCGUUUGUUUGUGUCGAGUAUUUCACCAUUGAUUUCUUCAACAGUUACAUUAUUGGGAGUCGUUAACUCCAUUGUCAAUGACGGAUUGAUUUCUUUUACAGCUCAUCCACGGGCCAGAGACUCCCAUUACAAUCUUCUUGGUGCUUCAUUCAAGAACAAUGGUGAGAUGUAUUUAACUGGUUCUGGUGAUUCAGACAUGUUUCUUAAUUCCAUCUUUUGGGAAAAUAAUGGAUUGUUGGUUCUUUCGCAAUACACAAGAACAAAACAAAACGUCAAUGCAGGAAUUACAUUCGGAACAGUCUACAACAAUGGUCAAAUCUGUCUUUACAACAAAACUUACAAACAAAACGCACAUGAUCUCAUGGGAAAAGGGUGCAUAACUGCUGAAGAAAAUGCCUCAAUUUAUCUUGCUAACCCUCAAAGAACAGUUUCAACUCAACAAAUAUUCCAAUUAACUGAUUCAAAAUCCUCAUUCAUUGUUGAGCCAUUCAUCAAUCCUCAAACUUACAACGUCGAAGGAUUUGGAGAAAGAGGAGUUGGUGCAUCAAACAGGAUUUCAAUCAACAGAGCCAUUGGAAAUGGCGACUGGUCGUAUGAUUCAAAUACUGGUAUUUUGUCCAUUGGAAACUUUUUGAGAUCAGCUAAAUUCAAUAUUGGUAAAGGUUACAUUAAAUCCAAGUUUGCCGUUGUUGAUCUUAACAUCGUCGAAUUGAACUACGUUUCCAAAGGUGCUAUUGCUUACAAUGGACCAGUACCUCAAUCGAAUUCACAUGCUCAAUGUCAAGUAUGUAAGUUGGCACCAGUAGAUCCAGGAACUAAACCAACGCAAGUUCUCACCACCGUCACUCAUACUUCCAACGGUAUUGUUUCGGAACAAACAAGAGUUCUCAACAUUCAGAUUGAUGAUGACGGUAUGUUUGAGUACGAGACGCUUGCUUAUACCCCUGCUGAAUCGAGUGCCACUUCUACAUCAGUGACCACUUUAUCAAGCUCUGUUCCUGCAAGAUGGGCCAACACAACGUCAUCUCAAUCUUCUACAUUGUUUUCCUCGUCUUAUAACACAAUUGAGUCGGUUGCUGAAACAGAAACUCUAUCCAGUUAUUACUCAGUUGAAACUGAAGCUAAUUCAAGUUCAGAGGCUCAAGCUUUGACUACAGAUUAUGCUAGCUCAUCAAUCAUGUCAGUCGACAGUUCCUCAAAAAAUUUAGCUGGCAGCUUGUCGCAAUUCUCCUCACAAAUCUCAUCAAUCAUUUUUGAAGCUUCUACAGUUAACAAUUCUGAUAUUUCUGGUGCAUACACUGAACAGCCGAUCAUUACUACCGACUACCCAUCAUCAGGAGCUCGUUUUGUUUCAAUGGAUCCCAACUCCUUCACUUCAAUUGCUUCAUCUUCAACUUCUGAUUUGUUGAAUCUGAUGGCUUCAUCAGGUGGUGAACAAGAAAGCUCCAUGGCAUCAUCUACAAUUGGUUCAAUACAGUCAAUAAAUUUGGAAGAAUCUUUGUCUUACAGCAUCUCAGUCACUGGUGUCAAUUCUGCUACUACAUCUAACGCCACUUUUGUCGAGUCAUUUGCUGAAACGAGUGCUUUAUCUUCUGCUAACAUCAGCUCGGUAUAUUCUGCAAUAGAUAUUGGCAGUUAUGAACGAUCUGCAUCAUCAUUGAUUGCAAAUUUCCUUGUCGGAGCAGAUUCAGAAGCUACUGGUGUUGCUUCGUUGUUGUCAUCAUUCACCGAAGAAAUGAGCUCUUCUGACAUGCUUACUCAACCAGCUGCGACUUUAAUGGAGACUGAAUCGUACUACAACAGCUUUGUUCCAACCUCAUCGACCGCAUACCCGUCUGCUGGAUCUUCAUUUGGUUUGUCUUUAUCAUAUUCAACUAUGGAAUCAGCAGCUAUGGAAUCAGCAGCUAUGGAAUCAUACACUAUGGACUCUUCAGCUAUGGAAUCAUAUACUAUGGACUCUCCAGCUAUGGACUCUUCAGCUAUGGACUCUUCAGCUAUGGAAUCCUCAUCUACUGCCUAUUCGUCACUUCAAACUUCAUUGAAUGCAUCAGUUGAACCUUUAUACAUUGCUUACUCCUCAAUGGAAGCUUCAUCGAUUGUAUACUCAUCCACUAAUGCAUCGUCUGUUAUUGGCUCAUCAAUCGAAACUUUAUUGGGGGAAUCAUUGGUAUCGGAGUUAUCAUUAAAAUCAUCACCAGUCGCUACUUCAGAAUCAUUGACAAAACCUUUACCAGUUGCUUCUACUUAUUUUAAAUAUGCAUCAAUCGCAUCUUCGUCAGAGGAAUCAGUAUCAACAGUUUUAACUUCAUUAGCUGGAACUUCAUCCAUCCAACCAUACUCAAAUGUGACUUCAUUGAGAAUGACUUCUUCUAUGGACACUUCAUCAACUGAGUCUGCAUCAACUGAGUCUGCAUCAACUGAAUUCUCAUCAACCGAGUCUGCAUCAACUGAGUCUGCAUCAACUAAAUUCUCAUCAACUGAGUCUGCAUCAACCGAGUCUGCAUCAACUGAGUCUGCAUCAACUGAGUCUGCAUCAACUAAAUUCUCAUCAACUGAGUCUGUAUCAACUGAGUCUGCAUCAACCGAGUCUGCACUAAUUGAAUCUUCAUCCAUUGCAUCUACCUCGAUUGAUUCCUCAAGCAAUGCAUCUGUUUCGGCAAUGCAAACCUUGUCUGUUGAUUUGCCUACAACCACUGGUUUGAUCAUCUCCAUGGAUUCAGAAAUAGCUCAAGUUUCAGCAUCAGAACAUGAAUUUACUUUCCAAAGCGAUUCUUCGCAUACAAGCUCCGCCACUAGCGAUUUUGUAAACACGGUUGAACCCACUGCUGAAUACCGAUUCUCAAACUCCAGUGAAACUGGGUACACAAUGGAAUCUUCGAUUGUUGACGGUGGUGAAUAUUCAAGCAGUACUGGAGCUGAGGCAAGUAAUGGCUCAAAUGGUAAUGAUUCCAAGACACUUAUUUCUGCCCAAGAUGGUGCUGUUGAAGGUGCUAGUGUUGAAGCAAUCGGUCAAGCUGGUGAAUCUACUGAAGAUGCUGCAUAUACUGGACUUGAUGCAUCUGCUAGUGGUAACUCACCUACCAAAGUCACUACUUCCACAUCUGACUCAAUAUCAUCUGACAGUACCUGGGCUAACGCUUCAAUCAUUGGUGCAUCUCUGGUCGAUGCUGAACAAAAUAACAAGGCAUCAGAAGAAAACUUUAGUGCUUAUACUACAAUGUCAACCAAUUCUGCGGUUGCUACUUCUACUGAUAUUCCAAGAGCAAGCUCAAACUCAUCACCACAUGUUGUUGCUUAUGAAAACAGUGGUGCUUCAAUUCAAUCUUCUUUUUCAGUUUUGGUUGCUAUAUUUGCAACAAUUUUAAUCAACUUUUUAUAA